GAAUUUUCUUCCCAUACACGUUUACUUUCAUCUCUUUUCUGUACUUUCUAUAUACCAUCAUCAUUCUAUUAAAUUAUUAUCAUUCACUAUUCUUUUUUGGUCGGAAAAAAACAUCUCAUCUAUUGUUUCCUUCGCAACUUAAUUACCUACUUAGUAUUUUGGAAGAUUAUUUCAGAUUGAGAGUAUUAAAAAGGCAAAAUAUAAAUGGCAAAUAAUAUUAGUAACAAUAACAAUGUAGCAGAAUAUGCUGAAAGGGCAACAAGUGAAUCGUUGAUUGGUCCGGAUUGGGCUAUCAACAUUGAGUUAUGUGAUCUUAUCAAUAUGAAUCCCGGACAAACAAAAGAUGCAUUAAAGAUACUCAAGAAGCGAGUGAAAAGCAAAAAUCCAAAAAUACAGCUCCUUUCUCUGUUUGUAUUGGAAACUCUAAGCAAAAACUGUGGGGAGAACGUAUUUCAGCAAAUGGUUGAACGGGACAUUUUGCACGAUAUGGUCAAAAUAGUAAAGAAAAAGCCAGAUUUAAAUGUAAGAGAAAAGAUUCUUAUACUGAUAGAUACUUGGCAAGAAGCUCUGGGAGGUCGUGGAGGAAGAUAUCCACAAUACUAUGCAGCGUAUACAGAACUCAAGGCUGCUGGGGUCGAAUUUCCACCCAAAGAAGAGAACAGUGUGCCAUUAUUUACGCCACCACAAAGUCAACCGAUUGUUCACCCUACUUUGGCAUAUGAGGAAGCUACUGUUCAGGCCUCCCUUGAGACGGAUGUUUCCGGACUCAGUCUGUCAGAAAUUGCUAGUGCAGAAGGAAUAGCAGAUGUGCUGAUGGAUAUGCUAACUGCUUUGGAUCCUAAAAAUUCUGAGGGCUUAAAGGAAGAAUUGAUUGUUGAUCUUGUUGACCAGUGUCGCUCGUACCAGACACGUGUCAUGACUCUUGUAAAUAGUACCUCAGACGAGGAGCUUCUAGGUAAGGGUUUGGUAUUAAAUGAUACUUUGAUACAUGUUCUUGCCCGCCAUGAUCAAAUGGCAAAAGGGGUUCCUGCUCAUUCGGUAGUAGAGGCACUGAAAAAUUCAGUUGUACCUCUUGUAAAUGUAACUCAUGAGGAUGACGAGUCUGACGAUGAUUUUUCCCAGCUAUCCCACAGGUCAUCACGUGAUACUUUGCAGAAUGGUUCAAGAACUGGAAGGGUGCGUGCUAGUCCAGUUCUUCCUCCAUCCUUAGUAUCAUCAAACAAGACAGCGAGUGCAGUGGUUGAUUAUUUAAGUGGCGAUUCGUAUAAUUCUGAAAGAUCAACUACCAAAACCACAAUCUCCUCCCCUCCACCACCUCCUUUGGAUGAUUAUGUAAACCCGACUGCAACAAUGUUUGCUGCAAAUGAUGAACCAACUCAGAUGACCAAAUCCAUGGACAAUAAUCUUCCACUUCGUGCAUCCUCUUCUGUGUCUGUCAAACCACUACGAACAACCAAAGUUGCCAUCUCCAGCCAUCCUUCACCUCCAUCAGAUGAUUAUGUAAAUCCAUUUGCUGCUGUUGAUGAACCCAUUCGGUUGACCAAACCCAUGGAGGGUCCUGUGUCUAUCCCACCACCACCGUCGAAGCACACUCAAAGACGGCAAUUUUUUGAGAAAAAUCAGGGUCUUCCUUCUGGACCUUCAGUUUCUGGUAGCGCUUCUGGUCAUGGUUUAUAUUAUGACAGUUUAGUUGGUGAGACUGGGAACCUCUCUCUUAACUCGUCAAUUCCGGCCAAGAAAGAGAAACAUGAGGAUGCAUUAUUUAAAGAUCUUGUUGAUUUUGCAAAAGCCAAGUCAUCGUCAUCUUCGAAUCCAAAUAGGUCAUUUUGAACUUCGUGAUGUUUAUUGAAGAAAUAGUCUUAAACUAAAAUGGAUUUUGCUAUAGCUUAAUAACCAAUAGUUUUUGCCCACUAAUAA